AUGACGACCCUUCGCAUCUCGAAACGGACACGAAUUGGACAAUGGAACGUUAGGACUCUGAUGGAGCCAUCCAGAUUGGCGCAGUUGGAGAACGAGAUGGACCGACUGCAGAUCGCAAUUGCUGGCAUCAGCGAGAUGAGAUGGAGUGGGAAGGGAGCAACAACAACAUCACAAAGUAAUUUAGUGUUGCAUAGCGGAAGCAGUGAUGGUGGACGAAAUGGAGUAGGGAUUUAUGUGUCGAGGAAAUUUAAACAGACACUUAUCUCCUGGAACCCCGUCUCUGACAGAAUCAUCACCGCCAGAUUCCGAUGCAACGCCAGGCACAUCACCAUCGUGCAAUGCUAUGCCCCAACAGAAGACGCCAGCGAUGACAUCAAAGACGACUUCUACAACGCACUCAUCUCAUCUCUCAACAAGGUCAUACGAGGCGACAUCAAGAUUCUCAUGGGUGACUUCAAUGCGAAAGUCGGCCCCAACAACACCGGAUUGGAAUCAACCAUGGGCCGGCAUGGUAUCGGCACGCGAAGUGACAAUGGAGAUAGGCUGAUCGACUUAUGCCAGACCUUCCAGUUGGUCAUUGGAGGAACAAUAUUUCCCCACAGGGAAGUUCAUAAAUAUACAUGGACAUCUCCAGAUGGAAAUACCCGCAACCAAAUCGACCACCUGUGCAUAAGUAAGAGAUGGAGGCGUUCGCUGAGUGAUGUACGCAAUAGGAGAGGCGCGUCAAUAGACAGUGACCACGAGCUUGUAGUUGGAGAGAUCUCAAUCAAACUCCAACGAAAGCACACUGCCACCAGGGCCACAAGAAGACCGACCCCCCUGAAUAUACAUCGACUCAGAGAUACUACCCUAUCCUCCAGAAUGGCAACAGCACUACGCGAACAGUUGACACCACAGCGGAACUGCCCUUGGGAACAAACUUGCAGACUACUGAGAAGUACCGCAGAGGAGAUGCUUGGCACGAGACAACGCAGCUGCUCUGAAUGGAUCUCGGCGGACACAUGGGAACUCAUCAGCAGACGGAAUAGACUCAAGUCGAUAGCGGAUCACGACGGCAGAGCCAGAGAAGAACACAGGAAUCUCUGCAAAUUGGUGAAAAAAUCAGCUAGACGCGACAAGAGAGCCGUACUGGACAGCAUUGCAGAAAACGCAGAAAGAGCAGCAAAUACAAACAACAUGCGCUCACUGUACCAAUUGAUAUGCAAACUAUCUGGAAGCUACCAGAGGCAAACCCAACCCAUUCGAGACUCAGACGGGAGGCUCCUAGUAGACGACGAUGCUCAACUUGAGAGAUGGAGGCAAGCUCAUGGAGAUCAGCUGUACAGAGCAACCAGGCCACACACAGCCCGACUUCAGAAGUAUCGUACCCAACAGCAGCGUUAG